AUGCUGUGUGAGAUCACAACUUAUGAUGGUACUAAUCAGGCCGGUGUUACCCUUGUGUUACGCACCGGUCUGCAAAACUGCCAGCAGCGGACAGGCCUGAAGAGGGAAAGUGAGCAGAGCAAUGCCCUCAUGGAGCCCGCCAUCUUGUCCUUUUCUGGGUUUAAAAGGCGUUCUGCAGCGUAUGAAGGGGCCAAGCUUCGAAAUGAGCCAAUCAAAGCAGCCCACGAGAUUCACACUGACUCAUGGGUCAACAAUGCGUGCUUAGAUGAGCUUUUUGGUCAGCUAGUUUGA